AUGCCCUCUGAACCCACGAAGCCCUCUAACUCGGGCAUAGUCACCGAGGAGGGAGGCGAACGCCAUAUCCCGGAGUCCAAACGAGCCGACGGUAGUACCCGCAAAGCGAUCAAGAUUCGUCCAGGGUACCGCCCGCCUGAGGAUGUUGAAGUCUACAAGAACCGUACGGCUGCAGCUUUUCGGGACCGCGCAACGAGGACGGGUAUUCCUGGUGCAACCGGGUUGAAAGAGGAGAAGCCUGAGGCUCCUCCGUCUACCGCGAGCAAUAAGAAUGCGAAGCGCCGAGAAGCAAGGAAGAAGGCUAAGACUGGCAAUGAAGCCGAAGAAGAGGACACCAAAAAGGCCGAGGGACAAGCACCCAAAGCUGAGGAGGUUGAUCCUGAGGUGGAGAAAGAGAAGAAAGCACGAAACCUGAAGAAAAAGCUCAAACAAGCCAAGGAUCUUAAGAACAAGAAAGAGGGCGGAGAGACGCUUUUACCGGAGCAGAUUGCCAAGGUCAUCAAGAUCAACGAACUCAUUCGCGAGCUGGAUGCCCUGGGUUUUGAUGCUGAGGGUGAGCCCAAGACAAAGGCAGGGGCCGAUGGAGGUCCCGCACCCGAGGAUGAAGCGAAGGACGCUUGA